CUAUGAUGCACCAAAAAGUUCACACCAUGUGUAUGAGAGCCAUGCUAUGACCCGAGGACUAGGGUAUGAUCAUCGGUCACUCCCACCACAUGAAAGUUCUAUUACACGUGGUCAACCAGUAACUUUUGAUGGUGGACCUGGUGCAGGAUCUAUAACUAGAGGUACUCCGAUCUCCCAUUCUGAAUCAGGUUCAAUAUCUCGUGGUACUCCUCUCGAACCACCACAUCACCAUCCGAUGUAUGGGGCAGGAAGUCGGAUGUCCCCAACUCAGACGCCGUAUGGUACAUGUGUUCCUACACUAGCCAGAGGACAGUAUGAAAGAGGAGCUUAUAGCAGCUCUAAAGAAACAAUAGCAGGUGACUUUAUGAUUGCCAGACAGAUGAGUCAAACUCAGUCUCCGUAUCCAAGCCAUGGUAGUAAUAAAGAUGCCAGACUCUCUCCUAGAGGUGUGGACACUGCCCACCCUGUCAAGCGUUAUUCCCCAACACAGUCGCAUAUAGUAGAACCACCAAAUCAUCCUAAUCCUGCAUAUGUAUAUGGUGCUGCACCAUUAGUAACACAGUCUCUUAUGUAUGUACCACAACACAAUAAAGUGUAUGUGCAUCCAGGACAUCAUCAGAUAUCUCCACAUGGACAUCAUACACUGAGUCCACAUGCUGUGGCCAGUGCACAUGGUGGUCAACAUGGUGGUCAACAUGGUGGUCAACAUGGUGGGCAACAUGGUGGGCAACAUAGUCAACAUGGUGGACAACAUAGUCAACAUGGUGGGCAACAUAGUCAACAUGGUGGGCAACAUGGUGGACAACAUAAUCAACAACAUAAUCAACAUGGUGGUCAAAUUAGCAGCCAGCAUAGUGGUCAACAUGGUGGACAGCACGGUGGUCAACAUGGGAUUCUACAUAGUGGCCAACAUGGAGGACAACAUCCUGCUGAAGGCCGAAUACAACAAACAGCAUCGCCGAUGCAACAACAUCGUGAAAGAAGCUCGCCAAAUCCAGCUUUGCAAACUAGCGCUGCUGGUGAAUAUGCCCAGCAACAUGUACUAUCACGGUCAUGGCCUCAUCAGCACAUGAAACAGCAUCACCAUGUGAGAGGUAAUAGUCCGGCUGGAGGGCCUACAGUUAGUGUGAGUAGUAGCUUACAACAUGGUAUGCCUGUCAGACAUCAUCCGUCAAUGGUGCCACAUUCUGUUAGUGGUGGUGGUACUAUGGUGUCAACAGCUGGGCCAGUUUCAGUUGGAUCACUGCCACCACAUACACAGGGUACACAUGGUACUGGCAGACAAACUCAGUCAUCUGCAGGACAACAUAGACAACAUCAUCAUCAUCAUCAUCAGCAGCAGCAGCAGCAGCAGCAGCAGCAGCAGCAGCAGCACACUCCUGGAUCAAUAUUUCCACCACCUACAACUACCUCUAACAGAGGUCAAACUAAUGGAAGUGAUGCAUUUAAUGUACUGGUUGACGCUGCAGUAUCAGCACCCACUUUGGAGAUUCCUAAACACAGAGCAAGGCAAUCUUCACCAGGCAUGCAAGUACAUUCCCCAAGAGGCGUUGCACAUGAGAAGCCACAAGAUCUGAGUGGACAUCCUGGAAUGCAUUACCCAACACGAAAGCAUUAUGAAUGGGAAAGCCAUCAUAGAAAUCAACCAGAAAGAAGAACAUCUAUGGAAGUGAUGAGAGAAAGGAAAGAAACGACACGGCCACAUGAACCCAAACCUGAAAAAUCUACAAAAGAAUCUGCAAGUAGUAGUGGUAACAGUAGUUGCAGCAGCCACGAGACACCAAUGCAUCAAGAAGCUUCUGCAAUAUUCGCAGCAUUGUUUGAAAAAGAUAAACAAACUGAAGUUGAAAAUGAACCAGGAAAGAAAUCAAAACCAUCAUUAACGGCCGCAAAUUUAAUUGAUGUUAUAAUUACAAGAUCAAUCAACCAACCAAUGUCAGCUAGUGAAGAACCUGCUGAAGCAAGUCGUGUUGUUAGAAAAGAAUCUGAUUCCACUCAGAAAGAUGAUUCAACAAAAAAGUUACAAUCAGCGGUAGAAUCCACUGGAGAGGGUAAAGGUCCUGAAAAGGGUGUUUCUGAAGAUGCUAGGACUGAGUUACACUCGUUGGUCUUCAGAAGAGAAAAGUUGAACCGUCCAAUCACUCUGGGAGAGCAUAUUGAUUCAAUUAUUUCUCAGGACUAUGGACGAUCUGUUGGGUCUGCAGAAUCUUCAUAUGGUUCUGAAACAGAAUCAGACACUAGUGUUGGUGGAAAUGAAGGAGCAGCCACUAAAUCUGUAACUAAAGACAGACGACAUCGGACUCCAACAUCAGAAAUGGCUUCAACAACUUUUAAUGUAUUGAGUAAGCCUGCAAGCAGUUCCAUAACUGGACCAUCUAGAAGAAGCAAUUCCCCUGAAACAAGUACGUCAGCUAGUAUUUCAUCUGCGACACAUUCAUCAUGUUUGAAUGAAUCAGACCGAAUGAUGAGUGGAUCUUUUGGUAAAUCCGAGAUGCGUUCCAUGCAAAGUAUGCUCAAUAUUGAUAUUGAGCCAAUCUCACCACCAGCACCUGACAGUAAUACCAGUGAGGCUACAGCUGUUAGUGGUACCUUUGCAGACUCUAGCAGGAAUACCUCUCUUUCAACAGAAUCAUUCCCUAAGUCACAAAGCAGUAAGCCUCGAUCAAUACCAAAAAAGCAGCUGUCCAUGAGGGUGCACCCUGAAGUAAGUGGUGCAAUAGCUGAUACAACACAUGAUAGCAAUGGAGGCACACCACCUACACCAGAUACUGGUCUGCAGCCAGAAUCAGGUUCAUCAGCAGAUCAACAUAAAUCUGCUAAACCAAGAAGCAGUCCAGAAGUAACUGAUAGUAGCAGAGUCGUUGCCACGUCUGCAGGACAUGUCUCUCCUUUUAGAAGUCGACCUGUUGAUAACAGUGAUAGAUACAAAGCAACCAGUAUGCUUAUAUCCACACAUAAGAGCAAAUCUACCUCGCCAACCAGUUCACAUUUCAUUACGGCAGACUCCAUAACAUCUAAGAUCAUACCGAAGAAACGGACAGGAUAUUUUGAUCUUCAAAAGUCGAUUGAAGAUGUCAUAGAUGCUACAUGGGAGCUGAUGUAUCCUCUGCCCAAACAGUUGAUUCAAGUCAAAAUCUUCAACUUCAUUCACAAAAACGUGAAGCUGAGAAUAUCUCUGAUAUAUCUGAUGCAGAAAGCUGUCAUGAGGCAGAAGUGUCUAUUUCAAGACGUGAAGCACAAGCCAGAUCUAGCAGUCCAAGGCAUUCAAGCACUGAUUCAGCCGAGACUGAUACUUCUAUAACUGCAACUACCUCAUGCGAAGGUGCAUCAGUCACUGCGACAGCCUCAUCAAGCAGCAUGGAAAGAGGACACCAUUCAGCUAAACCUGUCUCACCUGGACAAGAAUCAGAAGCACAAGGUAUUUCAAGUAGCGGUAAUGGUAAAAUGUCGCAGUCAGGGAUGCUACCUAAUUCGUCUGUAUCCCAUGCCAGUACGUCAGGAUCAUCUAUGAUUGGAAGCUCUUCACAUCCUUCCUCAUCACAAACUGGUUAUGCUAAUCCUUUUCCAUUUUCUGCCUUAUCUCUACGUGGACUUGGCAGUAACACUGUUGGCAUUCGUUCUGCACCAAGUCCUAUUAGUAGUUCUACUACCUCCAGAGAAAGAGAACCUGCUCCUCUGCUUUCAUCCCAGUAUGAAACACUAUCUGACAUUGAAUCAGACUAAAUUAACUAACUGACUCUGCUUCUGUGUGCAAGAUGUGAACCAUCAGGUAGAAACCACAUGGACUAACUUAUCCAAUCUUGAACAGUCUCGUACAAGUCUUGUCACAUAGUGUGGAACACCUAUUUUUCUAUUGCUCUAAAAAGUCUUAAAACAAUAACUUUGCUUUCAAGACACAAGACACAGUACUAAUAAGUGGUAUUUAUUGACUGAUUAUUAUCUACAAUAGAGUCAGUUAUGAUGUGUAUAAAUGCCUCAAAACUUCGCUCUGGUACAGAAUCUCAUGCUGGUAACACCAAGUCUCACUGAAACACUAAGCUUUACUUAGGACCACCGAGCCUCACUUUUGUACCACUGAGCCUCACUUUUGUACCACUGAGCCUCACUUUGGUACCACCGAGCCUCACUUUGGUACCACCGAGCCUCACUUUGGUACCACCGAGCCUCACUCUAUUACCACCAAGCCUCACUUUGGUACCACCGAGUCUCACUCUAUUACCACCAAGCCUCACUUUGGUACCACCGAGCCUCACUUUGGUAACACCUGGAGCGAGUUAUUUAUAGCAGUUACGAGUGUCUUCUUUGAUUGUAAUCAGUAUUUACAAUCAUGUUUGCUAUUUUUGAAGUCCUGAAAAAAUUGUGUACCUAACAUUGUUCAUGUGAAAUGUGUACCUGAUGAGUGGAUAAGACAGUGUCUUAUUUUUAGGACGUAGAAACAUUUAUAUUUUAACUCUAUAAACUAACUACCUGUACAAUAAUCAUGAUUUAACUCAUUGAUUAUCACAUGCAGUGUUGUCCCCCCUCCCCCAAGUCAUAUGGUCAUUCUUAGAAUUUUCCUUUAUGCAUACUACAGAGGGUCAAAGGAAAUAUAUAUAUAUUAUAAUUAUUAUUUUUUUUGCUUACAUGUUUAUUUUUGAAUUUAUGUAUGUUGCUGGAUGCUGGAAUUUCAUUGGACUGCUCCACCUUGUUUAUUGCUCAGUGGAGUUGAUAUUUUUAUCAUUAUUCACAAAUAUUUAUGUAAACAAGGUGCUCCUUGUGUUAAAGCGGGGAAGUCGUCACCUGCGCAUACGUCCGAUGCCCAUAGCGUGUCAUUGUUUACAAACAAGCAUCUACACAUGAGCCUGUGCGUUUUUAGCGUGUGUUAUCGUCGCUUGGGACUCAAUUUCUGCGUGUACGCAGGUAACGACCCUUCUGCUUUAAGCUUUGUAGAUUUGUGAAUACUAUCGGCAGUGUAGUUACAUUAAGUACAUGUGGUACACAUAAACUUCAUCAUGUGAAUUUAUUCUUGAAAACGUGGCUUCUCAAUAAAAAAAUUUUGUUGAAAUCAAAAAAAAAAAAAAA